AAUUUUUUUUUCCGAAAGUCACGAGUUUUUGUGUAAACAUCACAAAAAUCAUGGGGUAUCCGUUUAAUUAACUCUAAAAAAUAAAUCGCGGAUAAUCAAUAAAUAAAUCGCAGCAAUACUAUAGUGUUCCUAACAGAGUAACAGAGCCGUCCUCUGGGUUAGGGUUUGCAUUUUGCAAAGAGAAAGAUGGGGAGGAUGAUAUUGAAUAAUGCGUUGAGGUCAAUAGUGAAUGCGGAGAGAAGAGGAAAAGCUACUGUGGAAUUGCAACCUAUCUCCACAGUCAUGUCUUCUUUCCUCAAAAUCAUGAAACAUCGAGGUUAUAUCAAGGAUUUUGAAGUUUAUGAUCUGCAUAGAGUGGGGAGGAUAACGGUUCAACUACAAGGCAGGGUUAAUGAUUGUCGAGCUCUCACUUACAGGCAGGAUGUCAAGGCAAAGGAUAUUGAGGAGUACAAAUUCCGUACGCUUCCAACGCGCCAGUGGGGUUAUGUUGUGAUCACAACUCCAGAUGGUGUCUUGGAUCAUGAAGAGGCUAUUCGACAUAAUGUGGGUGGUCAAGUUCUUGGCUAUUUUCAUUAACAUCCUGUGGAUGAGAAGAGAGAAAAGGUUUUCCUAGUCUUCUAUGAUGAGAACCUGACUUCACCAAUGAGAUAUGUGUUGUUUGGUUGACUGUAAAAAUCAAUCUAUGUGAAUCUUGCGUCCUGAUGAUUUAGAUCAAUGGAAGAACAUGAUCUUGGUUUCUCCUCAUCAAAACCCAUACAUAAUCACUUAUUGUUGCAUAGAAACAGGACAGAGAAUGGUUAUAUUUGAAUCUAAUGAAUUGGAGAGCAUGCAAUGUGAGAAUGAGACAUAAUUUGGAAAUAU